AUGGGUGGUUCUUCUCGAAAUAAAGGAGAAGGGUCGUCUUCUACUAGAAGGCAAAUGAGACAAAUAUUUAGUGAUAUAUACAAAAAUAAUUUGGCUGAUCUAAAAAAGAAAAAUAAAUGUACUGGUAAAAAGAUGAAAGAAGUCUAUCCAAGUGAAGAUACACAGAAAGAUUUGAUUGAGGAUUAUGUGAAGAAAAAUGAAAAAUUCAGAGAUGCUUUAAAAAUGACAAAAAAUCUAAAAAUAAAACGAUUGCUUAAUCGCUUCGAAGAUGAGGAAUAUAAGGUAAAUAUGAAUAAAAUGAUCGGGAUCCGUCCAGUGUAG